AUGCCCCCCCGAAAGCUCCAGGUUGGCGUAGCCGGCCUCGGCCGCAUGGGAAAGCGGCAUGCCCUCAACUUUCUCCAAUCUGUGCCGCGCGCCGAGCUCGUCGCAGUCUCUUCGCCCGACGCCGACGAGAGAGAGUGGGCUUCCGAAACCUUUGGUCCGUUUGGCAUACGUGUCUACGAGAGCUAUGACGCGAUGCUCCAGCACAAAGGACUGGACGCCGUCUGCGUGGCCUCGGCAACCACCGUACACGCGACUCAAGCCAUCAAGGCCAUUGAGGCUGGCAAAAAUGUCCUUUGUGAGAAGCCGCUGGCGACGACCGCAAAAGUGUCUCAAACGGUAGUCGACGCAGCGGCGACACGUCCGGACCUCAAAGUCAUGUGCGGCUUCUCACGGCGCUUCGACGAGCACUACCGCGACGCGUACGCAAAGAUGAGCCGCGGCGACAUUGGGCGUCCGUCCGUCUUUCGCAGCCAAACCUGCGACAUGCUGGACCCUUCGGGCUUCUUUGUCGCGUACGCCGAGUUUAGCGGCGGCAUCUUUGUCGACUGCUCCAUUCACGACAUUGAUCUCGCGCUGUGGUUCUUCAACGAGCACGACGACGCCAAGAUCAAAUCCGUCUGCGCCAUUGGCAUCACCGCGGUAGAGCCGGACCUCUGCCAGUACAACGACCGCGACAACGCCAUGGGCCUGGUCGAGUUUACAGACGGCCGCAUCGUACAUUUGUACUCGUCGCGGAUGAUGGCUGCGGGACAGGACGACUCGACCGAGAUUAUCGGGACAAAGGGAAAGCUGAGCGUCAAUAGUCUCCCCGCCGCCAAUCUCGUGCGCGUAUAUGAGGCUGGUGGAAUACGGCAAGAGGUCCCGCAAAACUACUGGGAUCGCUUCAAAAACGCCUUUGCGCGCGAGGCUGUCGAGUUUACCGACUGCUGCCUCGACGAUACAGAGGUUCCGGUAAAGCUGACUACUGCCGUGGCGGCUGUGCGCAUUGCGGCGGCGCUUCAGCAAUCCAUGAUUACGGGAGAAAAGAUUUGGUUCAACCAGCUCGGUCAGCAGGCCAUCAAGGCUCAGCUCUAG